CUACGUUUACAUGUACACGAUAAUCGUUUCGGCAAAAAACGUUCCCAAAUCGUAUUUCGGACAAUCGAACGCCAUAAUUUGUCUCGAGUUUACAUGGACACCAUUGAAUUUCGAUCCGGUUAAAAAUAUCCCGCGCGUUCAGACUAUCGUAUUUGACAUGAGAUUUCGUUACCAGUUUUACGUUUUACUCCUUCUUUUGAAUUCCUCGGAACAAACCGGAUACAACUUUAUAAUUUUUAUAUAUGUAAACAUUUAACCAAGAUAUUGAAGGUUUUAAGUAGUCAUCUUCAUAACUUUAAAUGCUAUUUUUUAAGAAAAACAUAAAAACGUUAUAUUUUAUUUUGGUAAGUUGUUAAUGUUCUUAAUCUGGCAUACCACUUCAGGUAUCUACUUCUGCACCACGUUCCUUGAAACACCGGUAACUGCUUACAGCAUAGGGCGUUGAAUUUGUAUUUAAAAUUCUAUGCAGACAUUCAUUGAAAAGCAAUUGUUACGGUAACGUUUCUGCACUUCAUAGUUAAUAAUUAUACAAGAAAGUACUGUAAAUGGUUAUUUGCUACUGAAUGGAACAAAAAAGAAGAACAUGGAUUUGUCUCAGGUUCUGCCCACUUUGAUUACGAUUCGAAUGAUGCAAUUAAUAAUGCUGUUUCUGAUGAAUGAAAGAUUUAAGCUAUGUCAGGUUAUGCUGAGGCGUAGCCGGCUCAAUUUUUUGAAAAAAGUUUAUUGUAUUUGUACACCUACGAAGAAAAGACGUCGAAAGCGAAGAUUUUGGAAAAAGACACGAACUUCAGAAUGGUGGGAUAGAAUCGUAAAUCAGCAUUUUGGCAAUGAAGAUUGGAUAGAAAAUUUCCGGGUAUCCUGGAGUACAUUUCAAUACAUUGUGGAACAAGUCAGACCCUAUAUGUCACCAAAACAGAACUGGGUUAGACCGCCUUUGCCAGUGGAAAAAAGGGUUGCUGUGGCUUUAUACAAACUCGCUAGUUGCUGUGAAUACAGGGUGGUUGCAAAUAUAUUCGGGAUUGCAAAAUGCACAGUGCAUGCCUGUGUUUAUCAAUUUUGCAGGGUUUUCACCGAUUAUAUUGCAAAACAACAUAUCGCCUUUCCAUCAGAUAUUGAAGCUAUUGAAAUCAGUGAACGAAUUUUCAAAGUCCACAGUUUUCCGCAUGUAUAUGGGGCGAUUGAUGGAACUCACAUUCCUAUUUUACCGCCAAAGACAGGUUAUAGAGAUUUUACCAAUCGCAAAGGAUGGCCAUCUAUAAUAUUACAGGCUGUUGUAGAUGAUAGAUGCAUAUUCAGAGAUAUAUCUUGUUCAAUGCCAGGAAGUGUGCAUGAUGCAACAGUACUGAAAAAUUCUUCGCUGUACAAGCUUGCUGUGGCAGGAAGUCUUCCUUCGACCAUAAAGCGAAUUCAAAAUUGUGACGUCCCGCUGAUGAUACUAGGCGAUCCAGCAUACCCUUUGCAAACAUGGCUCAUGAAAGGUUACUCUGGAAGUUUAAAUCCAUCUGAAGAGUCUUUUAAUGUGUAUCUUUCAUCUGCACGCAAUGUGGUGGAACAUGCAUUUGGACGACUCAAAAGCAGAUGGAGAUGUCUAUCUAAAAGAUGCGACAUUAGCUACAAGUUUAUGCCAAAGGUUGUCGCAACAUGCUGUGUGCUGCACAAUAUAUGUGAAAAAAGGAAAGAUGUAUUUCUAGGAAGAUGGUCAAAUGAAACUUAUGUUGCCCAACCACAGCCGGAACGUAGAUCAGCGGCCAGCAAUUGCAGUGAAGCAGUACAAAAUAGGGAGGCAUUGAGAAUCUUUUUGGAGGAAAAUUUUCCUUUGAGAAAAAGUUCAUUGUAG